ACUACUCCUGUAUAUACCAAUGCUACUACUACUUUGUCUAGUCCUCAUCCUACUACUACCAUUCCUCCUCUUACCACUACUCCUACUACUCCUACUACUCCUACUACCCCUACUACCCCUACUACCCCUACUACCCCUACUACCCCUACUUCUACUACUUCUACUACUACUACUAUUACUACCACUACUUCUACUACAACUAUUACAACUACUGCGACUACCCCCCCUCCUCUGGUUUGUGAAAACGGAGGUCGACCUCAGAACGGCGGCUGUAUGUGUCCCGAUAACUGGACUGGAAAGAACUGCUCAGUAGAGAAUUUCUGCAAAGCCCAGGAGAUGAGUCCGUUCACCUUCCCACGAACACCCAUCGGCUGGUUCGCUUAUUCUGAGGAAAUCUGUCCACCAGGAACGAGUGGCGCGGGUAAACCCCGGGCUUCGACCAGGUGCUCCAAUAGGAACAUAGCCCCAAGUUUCCUGGAGGUGCGCAUCCUCCAGUGUGGACUGACUCUCAACGACAUCCAACAAAAUCUGACCAGCUUGGCAGAUUUAGAGGCGCUGGCGGCGAGCGCUCAGAUGUUGACGUCCCAACCUCAAGAUCUGACAACUGAAGAAGUGACGACGGCCGCUCAGAUCGCCGACACGCUGCUGAUGUCUGUGAACGUUUCACAGAGCGUGAGGGAGUCAGCGAUAGCGACUGUCAGCCACAUUCUGAACGCCAGAAUGUCAGACAACAACCAGGAAAACAACGCUACUCUCAGCCUGACACGGACCCUGUCCAGCCUGUCGGUGAACAUGAGUAUGAUCUCAGAUCAGCUUGAUUCUAAGUUGGUUCAGCCAAACAUUGCGGUCCAGUCGGCUCAGAUCUCAGCGCCGGACACUCUGGGAGUACAGUUCACCGCGCUGUCAGGUGACUAUCGUCAGCCAAUCAGCAGCCUCUCAGGGUCUGCUCCUUCAGGUCAAAGUCCAGAAAGGUUUUCACAUUUUAAUAAUACUGAUAUUUAUCUUCUUGUUCAUUAUUGUCUCUCCAGGCUGAGUGUCUGUAAUCUGUCAGAGAGAAGCUGUGAAGCUCUGUCCUCAGUUCUCAGCUCCCAGUCCUCCAUUCUGAGAGAGCUGGACCUGUGUAACAACAACCUGCAGAAUUCAGGAGGGAAGCUGAUCUCGGAUGGACUGAAGAGUCCAAUCUGUAAACUGGAGACUCUCAGGCUGAGUGGCUGUAACCUGUCAAAGAAAAGCUGUGAAGCUCUGUCCUCAGUUCUCAGCUCCCAGUCCUCUAGUCUGAGAGAGCUGGACCUGAGUUACAAUAACCUGAAGGAUUCAGGAGGGAAGCUGAUCUCUGAUGGACUGAAGAGUCCACACUGCACACUGGAGAUUCUCAGGUGGGGGGACAGCUUUAAUUUUUUUCAUAUUCACUACCGGUCAAAAAUGUUUCUCCACCCGGUUGUGUCGCAGUGA